UUUGCCCGUUCACGUCACCGUCCAUAGACGGAUGCACCCCAAAUUGCGGAAGUUCAGCGUUACAGCGUGAUUAAAAUGUAACGGCAAUGUUCCUUCAUUAGCGGAGACUACAUUCACGAACAAGAUAAAACAAGCUGAAUCGCGCUGCCUCCCAGGCGUGAACCAGGUGCCCAACUCUGUCUGACUGCGAAGUUGGCUCAAAAUUAAGGAGACUUAAUUAAGCACGUGUAGUUGUGAGUAAGAUUCUGUGUUUUCCCAUGCAAAAGUGAUUGCUUUUGAUAUACAUGCUUUAUCUGCCUUGCCAAUAAAACCUUGUUUGAAAAUUCAAACAUAGUCUAUAUUUUAACGUAAAGAGAGGUUGUAGCUUUUAUUUUUUGGGGACGCUGCACCAUGUUGCCUUGUUGACAACAUGACUGAGUGACGCAGAUUUCUGUUUAUUGAGAAAAGCGCUCUUCCCUUGUUCACAUCACGGGCCAUAGACCAGUGUCCCGCAGUUCAGCAUAAUCGAAUCCGCCCAAUGUUGCUCUCAAUCGGCUCACGGCCUUUUGCCCCAUUGAACCGCGCGCAUGUUUUUUGUGACGUGAUCACAUGAAUCGUCUAUAGGUCCGUCGAAUAAAGUUUCUGGUUAGAAAUGUGGCUUGAUUAGUAUAUUUCCAAGAUAUAGCUAGGCUACGUACAGUAAUUCCCUUGAUCGCGGGUGAUCAACUUCGAAGAAAGAAAACACUUUGGAAUGUAUCGUCAGCAUGCAAAGUCUUUGACCCCAGGUGUGAAGCAGCUAGCUGACCUAGCUGAACACUAGGUGGGCCUACGUUUUGGGGAAAAUGCUCUCCAGCGUUGAGGUGCCCCCAAACCGCCCUGUUGCCAGCAACCACCAAAACAGUCCCGGAAACUCAGGUUCCCAGUAUGCCUUGUGUGCCCUGGGGGUGGGACUGGUAGCCCUGGGCAUUGUCAUGAUCGUAUGGAGUGUGGUGCCCUCCGACAUGGCCGGGAACAACAGCAGUGGCACCGGAGGAGGGAACCCGAAACCGGACACUAGGGGGAGGACUUCAUCGGUGGCCUUUGUACUGGUCGGGGCUGGAGUGGCCAUGCUCCUGCUGUCCCUGUGCCUGGGGAUGAGGAACAAGCAGCGGGAGCAGCAGGUGCUCCUAGAGGCCCAGACUCUGGGGGCAGGCAACGUAGCUACCAGUGAGGACGACGGAGAGACGGCAGAGGAGCGAGCCCAGAGGUACACUGUGCCCAGCUACGAGGAGGUGGUAGGCAGCGGCGAGUACCCCAUACGCCAGAGCAACUUGCGCCACAGCUCCUCCCAGCUGCCCUCCUACGACGACCUGGUGGACGGUGUGCAGAUGGAGCAGGAAGGGUCAGAUGCCACCCAGACGUCACCCGCUUCCACUAACCCUGCCUCCUCUGCUGUGCCUAACCGCCGCACUGGGCGAACGGGCCUCAAGCUCCUUCCCCUUAAGAUCCGGAGGAUUAAAUCGGAGAAGCUCUUUAUGAAUAACACGGAUAACUCUCAGCCACCGGGAGGGAUCACUAUUGAGCCGCUCACUCCGCCACCAAUGUAUGAGGACAAAGCACCCCAGCUCUGAGACUUGGUACCUUCUAGGUUUCAAAGCAGGUUACUGAAGCCGCUGUGUCCCACUAGGCGUGAAUUGGUUGUGCAGUGCUACUAUAGAUGUGAUCAGAUGGCCCUUGUCAUGCAUCUGUGGUUAAAUCAUCUCGAUGGCACUUGUCAUGCCUACCUGGCUGAGGACUUUUCUUUAGACCUGCAACUCAAGCGCAGUGAGUACUGUUCCAUACGUGGGGCACUGGCAUUUGAGUAGAUCUUUGGGGCAACUCUAAUGUUGCUGGACAGAGGGAACACCUGGACAGAGAGUACACAUCCAAUUUCCGACUAUGAUUACAAGGACAUUGAAGCUUGGUUUAAAGGAUCAAUAUUAUUGGGGGAAAUUCUCGGCAUGUCUUGGAUGCCUUUUAUUCCUUUCCAACGAGUACUGACACUGGUCCAAAUCUUCUUUGUAUGCAGAUGACCAUAUUUUAUUUUCCUCUGUCUGCUAUAUUAUUUCAAGUUCCGUCUUCAUCCUCAGUCUAGUCGUGUUAUAGAUGUAUUAUUUAUGUCUGAGUUUUGUAUUCUGUACAGCUACUUAGACAGCAGCUCCUCACAUUUUGAGAGAAGUGCUAUUUGGCGACUGACUCAAUGGCCACCUUACUCAGACAGUGUUUGUGUGUUACUGCCUGUGUUGCUCGUCAAUAGAGGACAAUUGAGAGAGACCGAGGCUCAUGGGUAGUUAGAAGCCUUUGCCCUGUAGCCAUGGUGAAAUGGGGUUGGGCUCUGAAGGCAGUAGUGUAGUCCAGCUCUUUUCCUUUUUUUUUUUUUUCUCAAUAGAGGAGAACACAAGGGGGACUUUCUCUGAGCAGCUGGGAGCUGGGAUAAUGGCAGCCAUUGCUCACUCACUCAUCACUCUUGAACUAUUCUUCACUAGCUCCUUGACUGGCAGCACUUUCAUUAGGAGUAUUCAGAGAAUGAACUUCUGGUGUCCAUGGUUUGACCCCAUUUUUGUUUAGUGGAGCGAAAAUACAUCAGUACCUUUAUCUCUCUAGCCUGUUUGUUUUAUGCUUAUGAGAGUAUGGAAAUUAGCGAGUCCAUGAAGUGUUUUGAAGUUAAGAAUGUUAUUUUCUUAUCAUGCGGAUACUAUUUUCUGAUGUCAUGUUGAUGAACCUGUUCAACAACUAUUCACUACUUUUUAGAUGGGAACACAAACUGUACACAACAGUAGCCUUUUUUGUGUAACUGAACACUUAAUAAACUAGCAAAUGCAUACCUAUGCACACAGAA